AAAUCUCUAUAAGUAAGCCUUGACUUCACUAGAUUUCAAACUUUACAAAAAUUCGACGCAGGGAGGGAGCGAGAGAUUCUCGAAGAGAUUCAAAGAUGGCCCGUACCAAGCAAACUGCUCGUAAGUCUACUGGAGGAAAGGCACCAAGGAAGCAGCUCGCUACCAAGGCUGCUCGUAAGUCUGCCCCAACCACUGGUGGAGUGAAGAAGCCUCACCGUUACCGCCCUGGAACUGUUGCUCUUCGUGAAAUCCGUAAGUAUCAGAAGAGUACUGAGCUCCUGAUUAGGAAACUCCCUUUCCAGAGGCUUGUUCGUGAAAUUGCCCAGGAUUUUAAGACUGAUCUGCGUUUCCAAAGCCAUGCUGUGUUGGCACUGCAAGAGGCAGCUGAGGCAUACCUUGUUGGGCUGUUCGAAGACACCAACCUUUGUGCCAUCCAUGCCAAACGGGUCACCAUAAUGCCCAAGGAUAUUCAGCUGGCUAGGAGGAUCAGAGGUGAACGUGCUUAAGGGGGCACAAGCUGAAAGGGGAGAACACUGUUCUUUUAAUCAGCAGCAGCAAAGUUUAGGUAGUUGAUAGGUAGGUUUGGUGGUAGUGGUGUAAGGCUGUGUGAUGGUUGGGUUAGUAGAAAGCUGUGUGAUGGUGGGGUUAGUAGAUGGUGUUUUAUCUUGUGGGGAUUGAACCUUUGAUAUAUUUUAUUCCGUUGUAACUCUGUUUGACCGGUUGUCUUUUCUUUCGUGACAUGAGGCCACAAGGAAGUGGUUGCAUGAACAAAUGCUAUAUUUUUGAUCUAAUUCUUAGUUUAGUUUUGUUAAA